AUGAGAAAUGUAUGGGAACGAAAAGAAGAGACAAUGGAUAUAGAAGAGAGAAAAAGACGAAGUGAAAUGAAUCAGAUGUGUGGAUUAAAUAUGAGAAAGUACUCAACCUACCCGCAGGCCCACUAUCAUACUCCACAAACCUUACCCGUCGGUUCAUCACUCCAUCCACAAGGAACGUUUGUUCAACAGCUGGCGCGUUGCUUUAUGUGCGUAAAGGGAAACGUUACAUUGUUGCCUUGCGGGCACCGAAUGUGUGAGCAAUGUGUGCAUGAGUUAAGAUCAGGGACAGUGAAAUCUUCAUACAAGACUUUCUCAGCGUGUCCUUAUUGUGGAAAUCCUGUCAAGGAAUUCCAAAAUCCCGGAAAGCAACAACAGACUCCUAAGGCGUCGUCAUUGGCGUAUUUGACACCCCCUUCUUCUUGCGAAAAACCCAAAGAAGCAAUGUCAUCCUCUGAUCCUUUGUCAACUCCAACACCCAUUCGUUGCACUACAGCUUUUGUCACUCCCUCCAGCGACGUGUCAAAAAGUACUUCUCAUACUCCCACACCACAGAAGUCGCAACAAACUGCAUUUAUAGAACUAAGUAAAUUGGCGCCUAGAUAUGACUGGCCUGUGGUUAAAAUCAGUAACAUUCCUUGGGACAUUUCAUUGAGAGAUAUCAAAAACUUCUUCUCGACAUUCAAGCAGCCCGAUCCGUCGACGUAUGCACAAAGCAUUCACGUUAUCAUGGACAGAAACACGGGUAAGACCCAUGCAGAAGCUUACAUCGAAUUCCUAACCCAGCAUGAAGCACAACUGGCGGUCUCUACUCGCAACCUUAAACCCCUCAAAGGUCGACUGGUAUCGCUUCACUAUUCGUCCCAGGCAGAACUCAUGAGGGCUACAUUCCCGAAAUGGAAGGGAAAGUUCUCGGGAUGUGAUGCUGUCGUUACAGAAGAGAUGCGUGAUGGAAAGCAGACGGUACCGAAUGUGCCCCUAAUCACGAGAGAUGAAAUUUAUAGUCUAUUGGUCGUUUGUAAGAAUUACAAGCUCCACUAUUCGCGAAAAUGCGCCGAAAGACCAUUUGAGAAUAUUAUCAGCAUAUUGGCAAAGUUCCCAUUCCAUCAAGGAGACUUGUACACAACUUUGCAACGAGAUCUACUAUUCGAGACGUUAAAACUCGCAAUCGAAUCGUUGAAAAUACAUAUGAGCAAAGAAUAUCAUCGGAUUGAAGAAACAUUGCUCGAACGAAUGCUUCGUGCCGGGAUACUUACACCCGUAUUUACUGAACGUCAGAAAUCGAUGAUUAUUCAUGUGGCUGGACUGCCACUUCCAGUGGAAGAAAACCAGGAGUUAUCACAAUUCUCAUCUCCCCUUCCAAGAAACAAUGGCCACGAGAACAACGAUAAUACCGUUGACACUAAUGCUUCGUUCUUCACGACAUCAUUCCGUCCACAAAGGCUAAAUUUUGUGGAUCAGGCACAGGAAUACAGAGAAUUUGAUCCGUUUGGAGGUAAAAUGGUGGUUAACAUGGACAAUGGGUUUGACACAGGUACGGGUGGAGUAGGCGGCGCUCUCCCAUCCCCAACCCUUCCAUUACAAACUCGUCCAUGCGCGCCAUUCACAACGUUUGUUCCGUUCGAUCCAUUCAGAUCUGACUUGUUUAGGUUUGGUCGCGGAGAGGGUGAUAGGAAGAGUUUGAGUGUAGAGAGACCCUUUCCUUCGGUUCUCCCAGCAAUUCCUAACUAUGACAACCCCUUUCUUGUUACUCCUUCACCAAACACUAAUGCAAAUACAACGUACAAUCCCCGCUUCAACUUAUUCUAA